CAGAGAUUCACAAAAAUGUUGGUAAAACAUGAAGGAAAUAAUGUCAGUGUGUACAACAUGAAAGAGAUAAGGUGGAAAAACAAGAAAAACAUUUGCCUUACGUGAACUUUUAUAAUAUUAAGACCAGGGUAGCCUGAAAAAGGGUGAAGGUGCCCCUAAAUUGGGGAUGAGUCACUAUUUAGUUAUAGCGCACACCUUACUCAACAGUGGCACUAUUACACCCUUUAUUUGUUCAGUCUGCAAAAGUCACCUGAUGGAUUAAUUUCUCUGUUUUAAGAUGACGCUGGUGAUCUGAACCUCUAGGAAGUAAUGUGAUUGGUUGGAAAUCAAAGAUAUACCGACAAAAGUCCAAGAUGGCGUUUUUCUUUGCUACCAAUGUGGUCACAAAAUUUGCACUGUUUCUUGCUGCAAUCACUUUAACAUCAGCAGAAGAGUUCAAAAUAACAUUCACGCAAAAGGAGCAAGUUCCAAAAUGGACUUUUAUCGGAAAUGUUUCAGACGCUAGAGGGUUCAUGGAUUCCAUUCCAGCUGAAGAUCGGGACAAAUUGUUGUUCAGUUUCUUGCAGCAGACUAACAUCAAAUCCAUGAUUACAAUUCAUGAUGAAACUGGUUCCCUUUAUACAACUGUUGUUAUCGACAGGGAAUCAAUAGAUGAGUGCAGGGUACCAGGUCUGUGCAAUCUCACAUUCAUGAUCGCCACUAGGUCGAGUCGACCGAAUAGUCCACUGUUCGAAAUCAUUUCUGUAAGUGUUAUUAUUGAGGAUAUAAAUGACAAUGUUCCAACAUUUCCAAAAGAAACACAAAAGAUAGAGAUAUCAGAAAGUGCAGUGAAUGGUUCGUCCUAUGUUAUUGACAGUGCAGUAGAUAAUGACGCUAAGAAUAAUUCCAUUCAGUCGUAUGAGUUAAUUGGAAACAGAAAUCUGUUCGCUCUAGAUGAGGAAAGAAAAUUAGAUGGAAGCUUAUCAGUGAAAUUGGUGGUCAUAGGUAAAUUGAACAGAGAAUUGGUCGACUUCUACAACUGCACUGUUAUUGCCAAAGACAGUGGUGACCCGCCAAAGUCUGGAACAAUGUCGUUAGCGAUCAGCAUCUUAGAUGAGAAUGAUAAUGCCCCUGUAUUCACGCAGACGUUGUACAAUGUAACAGUUCCAGAGGAUGCAGCUUACGGGACAAGCAUAGCACAAAUAACGGCCACAGACAAAGACAUUAAUCAAAAUGGCAAUCUUUUGUACAGAUUUAGUCCACGCCAAGUUGAUUUUGAACACAUCAACUCACUGUUUUACAUAAACGAGCACAACGGCGUACUAAGCAUAAUCGGCAAACCGCUCUACCAGCCUGGGAAGGUAAACCAGAUUAUUAUCCAAGCCACUGACCAAGGCAUUCCACCACUGCCUUCAACUAAUCAGGCCGUUGUCACAGUAAAUAUCUUGGACACCGUAAACAAUCCUCCGGAAAUUCGGAUAAACUUGGUUUCGUCCGGAAACGGUCAAGUGAAGAACAUUUCUGAGCUUGCUGUACCAGAAACUUUUGUAGCUCACGUUGAAGUAAAGGAUGAUGAUACAGGGCAAAACGGAAAUGUCUCUUGCCAUAUUAAAGAUUCUUUUUUUGAUGUUGAACUUAUUUCUGGGAAUUCGAAAAAUGGCUUUAAGGUUGUGGUUAAAGGUCAGCUGGACAGGGAAAAGCAGGAUAUUCACACGGUGACUGUGAUUUGCAAUGAUUUUGGGAACCCUGUUCUAAGUGCAUCGGCAAGUUUUCUGGUGCGGGUUAUAGACGAGAAUGACAAUCCUCCAGUGUUCACUCAUAAAAGUUACUUCGAAGAUAUGUAUGAGGGUAACAACAGGGGAGAUAUCGUACUGAGCGUUUCCGCUACUGAUGAGGACUUGGGAAAUAACUCCAAAGUUGAGUAUUACCUGGAGGAUACUGUCAGAGACUUCUUCACGAUUGGACCAAAUACAGGAAUAAUUAAAGCUCUAGAUAAAUUUGACAGAGAAAAUCGCACUAUGUACACAUUUCAAGUAUAUGCAAAGGACAUGGGUACACCAUCAUUGAAGGGAAGUGCGCAAGUUACAAUUAGAAUAAAAGACUUGAAUGAUAACCCACCAAUGUUUUCAUCCUCCGUUUUCAAUUUUGAGGUGAGCGAAAACAGACCAAAUGGCACUCUUGUUAACCGACUUACUGCCACUGAUGCUGAUGAUGUUGAAAAUGCCCAGUUUACCUUUGCUAUUUCUAAUACCCCUGAAUAUCAGCUUCCGUUCCUGCUUUUUCCAGAUGGUGUCAUAAAAACAACAACCAUUCUUGAUCGAGAAGUCAAGAACACUUACGAGUUUGAAGUCAUCGCUAUUGACAAAGGUACGCCUCGUAAAACUAGUUCGGCAAAAGUCAUUAUUAACGUUGGUGAUGAAAACGACGAAUCUCCCAAGAUAGUUUUUCCGAAGCCUGACAAUGAUACAGUCAGUAUUAAUCAUUUGCAAAAUAUUGGCACCUACAUUACUCAGAUCGAAGCUUACGAUGCAGAUGCGGGCGUUAACAAGAAAUUGUCCUAUGUGAUUGAGGAAGGAAAUGGGGAGCGACUGUUUUUGCUGAAUAAAGAUACUGGUAUUUUGUCAAUGGCAAGGGUGCAUGAAGUUACUGACAAAACUGAUGAGGAAUAUGUUCUUGUAAUAGCGGUGUAUGAUAGUGGCAUACCUCAAAGAUCUGAACGUUGCGAACUGAAAGUAAUCGUCAAAUACAGCAACGAAACUGCUGCUGUCACUAAGCCAAUUGGGAGUGGAGACACCUCGAAUUCCAACAUGAUUAUUGUUGUUGUGGUAAUACUGUUGACGCUGUGCUUAUCAGUCGGUAUAAUUAUAGUGAUAUGUGUGAUACGUCGGAUGGACCGUAGUAGACAGAAAGGCCAGGAUAUUCAAAUUAAUAAACUCCCCAAUAAUAUGACCGAAGUGCGGGACAAUAAUUCGAAUGGGAAAAAUUCUUCAAGGCCGUAUGAUAAGAUCGAGACUCUACACAAGAAAAAGGAAGUCAGUUUUUCGUUCGACGAUGAUUUGGAUGGACUGAGGGACCAUGAAAUCAGCUUUUCGAAUAAUUCGGUCUUCUUGGAAAAUAAUGGCACAGAGGUACCGGUAACGCAUCUCUCGGACAGACAGACAGGAAAUCACCUUCGCACAUUCCAGAUGAAACAAAAACACCAACAACAUCCUGUGUAUAUUGGUUCCCAUACAAAAAACUGGGUACCAGGCUCAAACCAACCUACACUUGAGGUUGUUAAGAUGGGCAAAGAUGACAGCAACAGCGACACAUCACGGGAGACAGUGACCAGCGACAGUGGACGGGGCGGCAGUGACGACGACUUUCACAGCCCGCAUAACUCUAGUAAAGACGAGCGGGAUCCAAACUUGUCAAGUGCUGGUAGCAAUACCCAUCUGUUGAAGAGUUCAAUACCAACACGCCAUGGGCACAGCUCUUCAGUGCCUCCCAGUGGGGAACCGCAAAGUUAUUCAAUGUCUCCACAUGGAAAACAAAAUGGCCGCCCAAAGUCUACAGACUUGACAAACAAUAAACUAGGUCUGGACAAAACUUUAACUAAUUUGGUUGGAGGCGACAAACCAAAGUUCACUGUGAGAAAGCCAUACAUUGAACGAGAAUCCUUGCGCGAAACCAGAGAUAAAAAAUCAGACAGUUGGGUUCCUUCUUAUGUAUAGAUGUAAAAUAUUGACUGUAAAAUAGUUUUGGUGUAAAAACUACACAAAAAUCAAAUAUAAGUGAGAUUUUGAUGUUUGAUGGAAUUUUCAAAGGUUUUGCCACUUUCUUAUUUGUGUAGGAUAAAUAGAUUCAUGAUUUGAUUAAAUACACAAUGAUAUAUGUUUUACGUUAAUAAAGAGCACCUUUUACCUAAAAAUAAACAUCAAAUGAAGUAUCAUACAUCAAGUUAUAUACAAAAAGGCAUAUGAUUUUCUCAUUAUUAAAUGAGGCUGCUUUUCAAGUGGCAACACAUUUGUUACUUCCUCAGGCAUCCUCUAUGCAAGAAUAAGUCUGUGAUAAAUUGUGUAUGUCAUAAUUUAUUUUGUGGAACUGUCCAUAUGUUUGUUCAAUUUCUGUGUACACUAUUUUGUUUCAGUGCUGUGAGUUUGAAAAAAAAAUAUAUAAAUGGUGCUUCUUUGUUACAUGUGAAACCUUUCCUAUUUCAUGAUUCUCACAUCUUGAUUUUAGUUGUGUGUUCAUCUGUGACACAGUUUGCAAUAUUCAAUGUUAAUAUGUAAGACAAAUUGUAAUAUAAGACAGAUGAUGAAUAAUGGUUCGUUUUGUUUUCCUAUUAAAAUGUUAGGACAAUUGAUCAUAAUGUAACCUUAAUAUAUACAUACUUAACCCAUUCCCCAUCAGAAGCAAUGUGAAAAUGGCUUUUGCAGCCAGCAUAAAACCAGAACAGCCUGCAAGUAACUCGCAGUCUGUUCAGGUUUUAUGCUAUUUGCUGCUCAUCAGUAUCUAAGGGUUGGAAAUGAAGCCUUUUACACGUGAAUCUAGUAAGAAGUAUUUUUUAAAGGGACUGUCAACCACGAUGACGAAGAAAAGAAAAGAUGUAAAAUACUGUAAUUUUUUACCAUUAUUUGUUUAUAUUGAAUAAAAUAUCUCGACUGGUAUAUUACAUUACUUGAAAAAAGUUGUUAAGUUUUCAUAUUUUCAGUAUAUUCGGUAAUAAAUUUUACUGGGUAUGUCUAACAGGUAACUACCAGUUAACUAUAAAUAACGCCAGUAGAUUGAUCAUCGUCGUCACGUGAUAAACCCAGGAAUGCAAAUUGUGCAUGCUUAGUGAAUUGAAUAUAUUUUAUAUAUAAAAUGAUCUGUCUACUUGCGUUAUUUAUAGUGUGUAUAUCGUUAUGUCACCUAUUUUCGCAAUGUACUAUCGAUUUCACAUUACGAAAUUGUAUUACCUAAUAUACUGAAAAUAUUAACUUUUUUAAAGUAAUGUAAUAUACCAGUCGUGACAUUUCAAUUAGUAUAAACUAAUAAUUGUAAAAAAACGGUAAUUUAGAACUUUGCUUUUUUCGUCAUUUGUGGUUGACAGUCCCUUUAAAAUUAACUUUCUAAGGGACUACAAAUGCGCGAAAAGACGUAUCUAAGUGGUAAAGGGACAAUUAUAUGAGUCUUGUCAUGCCAGCAUGCAUGACUGGGCUCAUACAUAGUAAUCAAUAACUUGCAUGAGUUAUUAAGAUAUAAUAUGCUAUAAUUAAGUGAAUGUGUUUGAAUAAUUAUUGUCCAUGUCUGAUGUCUAAUAAUUAUGUUAAUACAUUUAUUCUUAUGAUAAUUAUCCAUAGAACAUAAAUGCUGUUAUUUAGGGUAUGAACGUUUUUAAUGAGAUAAAUAUUCUAAAGUUAAAGCCACAAACUGAAUUCUUAAUAAUGAAUAUUAUGUUGAUUCGCAUUUUAAAUGAAAUAUCUUAUAUAUAGGAUCUUGCAUGGUCAUUUUGUAUUGAAAAUAUUAAACUCGUCAUCUAAAUAAAGAUAAAAACGAGGCUUGCAAGAUUCUAUUUAUAACAUGACCAACAAAUUUUCUUUUUAUUUUAUGCUCUUUUCACCGUUUUUCAACGGAUAAGAUUUAAAGAGUUUAACUGAAGAAAUUCGCUGGAAUAAUGAUGACAUUUCGUAACAAAAAUGACAUCAUUUCACUGUUAUAUGACUAGUGUAAUAACACCCGUGUAAUAAAGAAAAUUGAGCAUUACAUUAUUUCACUCCUGGAGCGUAGGCCAUGUUAUAAAAACAAGUUAUUUUCUUUGUAAUUAAUUAUUCAGUUUUGUUCUGUAUAUGUUUUCUUCCGCUUAUUUAUAUUAAAACUGCCAAAAAAAAAAUAAAAUAUUGUGAUGUUUGUUAUAGAAUCAUGUGACUAUGAAUUUUCAUGAAACUAUGUUACAACAGUUGGUAGCAAUAUUAGUCUUAUAAUUUUAUUUCAAAUGUUCCAAAUAUUUUCUCUCCAUUUUAUGGGGGCCAUUUUCUUUUUAGAGAAACGUUCAGUGCCCUGUUUUGACAGAUCACAUUGUGUCUAUCAAUGAAUGGCCAUUGCAGCCCCACUUAAAAUAGUCAGAAGGACCAGGACAGAUGCUGUAAUUAUGACCAUAAAUCCAGUUAUCUUCUUGUUGACAUUUGCAAUAAAUUCACACAUUGUUGCCUUUGAAAGGGACUUAAUUUGGAAUUGUACAGUUUUUUUCUGGAACUCAUGACACUUAAUUAUAUCAAGGAAAUAUUGUGUAAAGACAUAAUUUGAAGACACGUGAACGAACUCUUAUGCUAUUCAGAAGAUAGGAUUCAUUGAUAUAAAUCUGUUGUGUUUGAUGAUUUAUUAAUGUAUUUUUUUCUGUUUUUGAUGAUUUUUUUAACACAAAGCUUGUGUCCUGUAAAUCUUAUGGUUUGUACUAAGAAUUUUCAAAGCUUUUCCUGCCUCAGCAUUUGUUGUGAAUGUAAUAGCAUAAAUGUUUUCUGCAUACAUUUUCAAUUGUUAUUAGUGAAGAAGUAUAAUGCUGAUUUACGUUGGUGUUUGAUAGAUGAAUUAAGGUACUAGAGGAUGUAACAUUGUUUACAGUAAAUUGUAAUUCUGAAAAAAAAAUCUUAGCUUCCAUAAUUUGUGAACUACCACAAAAAGUCUAAACAUUUAACCAACUGAAACAAAUAUAAAAUUAAUUAUGCAACUGAAUUGAGGAGUUACUAAGAAACUAAGGAGAUUUAAUUAAGCUAGAAAGUGUUACUGAAAGUAUAAUAAUUUAAAUAUAUUUCAACAAUAAAAAAGUACUUCAUCUGAACUUGAACUGAGUCCAUCUGUUGCCUGGUGGUCUGGUUGUCAUGUCAACACAACAGCAAAUUGGCCUAUCUUAACCACAAAUACAACAUCUUGUUAACAUCUUAAUAAAUUACUGAACACCUUGUUAGUAGGACUUCUUAGUCCAGAAAACACUGUAACCACUAGGCUAUAAUUAAGUAAAUAAUGACAGCGGCUGUGUCCUUACUCAUUGACAGUUAACCUUCGACACAGAAUUAAGAUCGUUAUCAUUAUUGUUUUAGUAGCAAGGUUUUUCUUAUUUAAUUUAUUAGGAACUAUUUUAGCUUCUGAAGGUUUGAUGAGUCAUUUUAUGUGCAAGUGUUUAAUUAGAUGGCAUUAUCAACAAUUGGUUUUUCUAAACAAUUUAUUUGUGGAAUUUAAUUAUUAGAUUUUCAUUUCUUUAAAAAUAGUUUAUACUUGUUAGUCUAUUGUAAUAACCCAUAGCAAAUGUUUCAAAUAAGAAUGUCUAUAUCAAGUGCCAUUAGUAAAUAAAAGAUAAAAUAAAUCGAGAGUGAUUCUUUUGAUCCUAAAGGCAUUAAAAGGUAUUGAUUCUUCAAAGUGAUAAUUUUAAAUUAUUCAUGCAUUUACUUAAAAUUGCAGAUCAAUAGAUUAAGACAAUACAUGUACCUUGAAAAAGCAUCAUUUACGAAAAACAUCAUAAACUUAGUGUUACUGGACAUAUUCUAAGGCUACAUGAAACACGCAGUCAUGGAUUAAACAUUAUGGAUAUGUUGGUCCCCUUAAGGUAGGAAUUAUGUUUGUAAUAGAUACACGAGCGGUUUUAACUUUAUUUAAUGUAUGUAUGAUGCGUGAAAAAUAUGUGUCUUGUUCUCAGAAAACUGGGCUUAAUUCAUGUGCGUAAAGUGUCGUCCCAGAUUAGCCUGUGCAGUCAGCACAAGCUAAUCAGGGACGACACUUUCCGCUUGUAUAGUAUUUUUAGUUUCAAGGA